AAACAUAUGACGAGGCACGCCCCCUUAUGUGUCAUUCUGACACCCAAUUCCUCAUCCAGAGAAGAGAAAUAAGAGCCGAGUGCGGAGGCGUGUGUUUUUCAAGAGAUCACACACACACGGUGCGCGUCAGCUGUCAAGAAAGAGGUUUGUGUGUAAGCCGUUUUGUCGGCGAAGCCCAAUGUCCACGUGGUCGGGCGGAUCAGCACGAGCGACCUUGUUCCCGACGGCGCCGUCGAGCACGAUAACCGACACGCAGGCGCUGGGAGACGUCUACUGGACAUCGCGGAGGCUCACUCAGGUAUCGCCACAGCUUCUUGCUCCCGCUCCGAAGGCCAGGAUGUCGCAGGUCGGCGACGGGCUGAACACGCCGAUGCAGCUGUCGUGGCGCAAACUCCAGCUGAGCAGGGCAAAACUCAAGGCUUCCAGCAAGACGUCGGCUCUCCUCUCAGGCUUCGCCAUGGUGGCGAUGGUGGAGGUUCAGCUGAACAAGAGCACCGAGUCGAAGGUGCCUGAGGCGAUGCUGGUGGCGUUCGCCGUGUGCACAACCCUGCUGGUGGCCGUGCACAUGAUGGCGCUGAUGAUUUCCACGUGCAUACUGCCCAACGUGGAGGCCGUGUGCAACGUGCACAACGCCAACCUGGUCCACGAGUCGCCGCACGAGCGUCUCCACUGGUACAUCGAGGUCGCCUGGGGAUUUUCCACCCUGCUCGGCCUGCUGCUCUUCCUCAUCGAAAUCGCCAUCUUGUGUUGGGUGAAGUUCUACGAUUAUUCAGAGAUGGCGGCGUGGUCUGCGUGCAUAGUGCUGAUCCCCGUGGUGUUUUUGUUCAUGAUCUUUGCACUGCAUUUCUACCGGUCGCUGGUGACGCACAAGUACGAGGUGACGGCCAGCGGCAUCCGCGAGCUCGAGGCGCUCAAGCAGCGCAUGGACGAGGAGGACAUCGAGACCAACCGGACUAACAACGGAAACUACAACGUGCAAAUUGUCUGACCGACACGCGACACGAACGAACGAUUUUCCCGCGUGUGCGUGCGUCACAAAUCAUAAAUGUGUUCCGCAAUAUUUUACUAUACUCCGCGCAUCGGCAUUUAAUAUUUUUGUUCUCUCUCGUUGCUACUCUUAACUCUUCUCGUACUUAACGUGUUUCUCUACUUAAAAAAAUUUCCAUUUCUUGGAUUUAAUUCGUGAUCAGCAGGACCCUAUUCUUAAUUUUUUUCUCUCUCUCUCUUUUUGAAUUUUUGUUUUACAACUUGUGUAGCAUUUUUAUCGAGUUAAUUUAUUGAUUACCAACCUACUUAUAUUGUGAUUUCUUUUUUUACAACUAUGCUCUUGCCACUAUUUGCGUGUCGAACCAACAUCUGAAGAUGUUUAUAUAUCAAAGAACAUGUACUAUAUAAAUGUAUGUACCUUUUUAAACUAUUCAAAGUACAAGUCAAUAACCAUGGAAGCAA